AUGGUGGAGCACAUUCGGUCCAUGAUCCGCUUUCGCGGCGGGCCGAUCAGCGUGGCCGACUACAUGGAGCAGGUGCUGACGAGCAGCAGUGCGGGCGGGUAUUACAUGCACAGGGACGUGUUCGGCCGGGAGGGCGACUUCAUCACGUCGCCUGAAAUCAGCCAGAUGUUCGGCGAGAUGGUGGCGGUGUGGGCCAUGAUGGCAUGGCAGCAGCUGGGAGCGCCCCCGCGAGUGCGACUGGUGGAGCUGGGGCCGGGCAGAGGCACCCUCAUGGCCGACCUGCUGCGUUCGUCCGCCAAGUUCACGUCGUUCAGCGGGGCGGUGGAGGUACAUCUGGUGGAGGUGAGCCCGGCUCUCAGGCGCCUGCAGUGGGCCGCCCUCAAAUGCCGCCCUGCAGACGCAAAAGAGGGGAGGGCGGAUGAUGGGGGGGCGCAGAGGGGGAGGGUAGAUGGUGGGGGAGCGGAGGAGAGGAAGGCAAGCAGUAGCGGAGGGGCAUCAGCAGAAUCAGCGGCAGCAGAGGAGGCAUUCCCAGGGAAGGGAGUGUCGGGGCUGAGUGGCGCCGCAGUCACGUGGCACUCUGCUCUGGAGGACGUACCUGAGGGAGUGCCCACCAUCCUCAUCGCACAUGAGUUCUUUGACGCCCUGCCCGUGCACCAGUUCCAAAAAACGGAGAGAGGGUGGUGUGAGAAACUGGUUGAUGUGGCAGAACCGGACAAAGAAGGCCAUCCAUCUGAAGCCCAUUCCAACCUGAGCCAUUCACAAAAGGACACCAGUGGCCAUCCAUCUGCCGACUACCCUUUCCGUUUCAUCCUUUCCCCGGGGCCGACUGCGGCAAGCACUCUUUGUCUUCUUCCUCGCAUGCAUUGGGCCCCACUGGAGGAGCGGGCGGCAGCCGCCCACGUGGAAGUUUGUCCUAUAGCAGUGAAGAUUGCGCUGCAGAUCACGGAGAGGGUGGCGAGAGACGGUGGGGCGGCGCUGAUAGUGGAUUACGGGGAGGACAGAUUGAUAUCGGACAGCCUUCAGGUGACCUUUGAAUCCCCUCUUAUCACUGCCUCAUCUUUCUCGUUCUCCUCUUCUUCCCUCACUCACUCUCUCUCCCCUCAGGCCAUGAAUUUGCACUUUCUCACUCGCCCUCACUCUGACUCUCUCGUUCCUCUCCCUCCCUCCCUCACUCACGCACCGUCUCCCGUUUCUCUCCCUCAGGCCAUACGCAAGCAUGAGUUUGUGAACGUGCUGGAUGCGCCCGGCACAGCUGAUCUGAGUGCCUAUGUGGACUUUGCCGCCCUCCGCCAAGCCGUCACUGACUCCAAGUUGCCCUCUCCAAAUUAUGUCCCCAUCACUCAGUCACAUGUGUUAAGCCUGUUUGAGGAAUCCGUUCAUGUUUUCUUUCAAAAGAGAAAUUUUGAAUCUUCUCCUCUCUCCCCUUUCGUGUCAUCUCUCUCCUUCGCAUUCCUCACAGUGCCAGCUCGAGCCUACGGCCCCAUCACCCAAUCACAACUACUGGGCCGGCUGGGCAUCAACUUUCGAGUGGAGGCACUGCUGCGAGUGGCAUCAGACAAGCAGGCGGAGGCUCUCAGGGACGGGUACUGGCGCCUCGUGGGGGACGGGGAACCCCCGUGGCUCGAUGAGGACGAUGAGAGCGAGGGCGUGGGGGGGGGGAGAGUGGAGAGGGAGGGGGAGAUGGGAGUGCGUGCGGCUGAUGAUGGGGCUUGUGAGGGUGAGAGUGAUUCUUCUGGGGAAGAUGGUGGUGGUAGCAGUGGCAAGAGGUCGUUUGUGGGCAUGGGAUCGAGGUACAAGGCUCUUGUGAUUGCGAGUGAGAAGCUAGGCGUGCCGGUUGGAUUCGAAUGA